CCAACUUGCAAAUAGGCGCCCGGCAAGAAGUACUGUGAGGUCUGGUGAAACGAUGGCGUCUAAACCACAGGAAACGUGCUUUAUUUCUGGCUUUAAUCAGUUGUCGAUUAGCGGCAGCUUUCGUUGAGUUAAUUGGGGAAGUCAUAGUGUCGGAGAAUGCUAACCGGUUAGCCCGGCGUCGUUGCUAGCUGGCUAAGGAAGUUAGCCAGUUAGCUAGCAAGCCGCGUCAGCUUGCCGGAGGCUGUUCUCUUGUUUCGCGCAUUUCAAGCCCGUGAACGGAGCUUUGUAACUUUCAAACGAUCACCGAAAGGAAAACCUCGGAUUGUGUCCUCACUCAUUGCUAAUGUGAUUCAGUGAAACUUCCAUCGUCUUGUUAAGAAAUGAGGAGUCAACACAGUUUCUCCUGAGCGGCUGGUUCUCUGCCAGCGCUGCUCUUUUGUUUUGACAAAGGAGAAGGAACUGAGUAUCUUUCCCACAUCAGGUGGGAGUAAAGUUUGUUCGGCCGCUUUUUUUAUUUGUGUAUUUGUCGCGACGAUGGCUCCACACAAGCAGAGCUCCUCAGGAGGGAGCCACACGUUGGGCUGCGGUCCCGGAGGAAAAGCCAACGGGUUUCACCAGGCAUCGUCCUCCGCCUCCUCCUCCUCCUCCGCGGUGGUCGCAGCCAAGAAGUCCAACAUGCAACAGAUCCAAGCCGACCACGAGUUGUUCCUGCAGGCCUUCGAGAAACCAACUCAGAUCUACAGGUUCCUCCGCACGAGGAACUUAAUCGCUCCCAUAUUCUUGCACAGGACUCUCACCUACAUGUCCCACAGAAACUCAAGGAAUAAUGGCAAAAGGAAAAGCUCCAAGGUGGACAAUCUGCUGUUUAAAGUGGAGAAGAUGAGGGGAGAGCUAGAGACUCACAGCUUGGCCUCUAACCUGCAGCUCAACUUCACUGGUUUCUUUCAUAAAGCUGGGAAACCAUCUCAGGACUGUGAGAAUGAGCAGAACUCUGUGUCGCUGGAGGUGCUGCUGGUCAAAGUGUGUCACAAGAAGAGGAAGGAUGUGAGCUGUCCAGUGAAGCAGGUCCCCACAGGGAAGAAGCAGGUUCCCUUGAACCCGGACACAGGCGCUGGAGUCCAGGCCAAGCCGAGCUCCUCCCCCUCCCUGCUGGUCCCCAGCAGCGAGUUUGAACCCAGCAACUCUCACAUGGUCAAGUCUUACUCGUUACUGUUCAGGGUGUCACGGCCCGGAUUCCCCCGAACACAAGUCAACGGCCUGACCAACGGAGAGAGUCACCACAACAGAGAUUUUACAGAGGAAGUGGUGAACAGGAAGAGGAGGAGCUCCUCUCUCAGGGAAGAGGGAGAAGCCACAUUUGUGGCUCAGAUGACCGUCUUUGAUAAAAACAGACGUCUGCAGUUGUUAGACGGAGAGUACGAGGUGUCGAUGCAAGAGAUGGAGGAGUGUCCUGUCAGUAAGAAGAGGGCAACAUGGGAAACCAUCCUGGAUGGAAAGCGACUGCCUCCAUUUGAGAGUUUUUCCCAGGGUCCCACGCUGCAGUUUACCCUGCGUUGGACCAGUGACUCCUCCGAUCGCUCUACUGCACCAGUGGCUAAACCUCUGGCCACCCGCAACUCUGAGACCAACCAGGACUCCAGACCCAGCACGCUGAGAGCAACGCAGACACUGGCUCUAAAAGAAUCGAUCAACACUGAUGUACAAAGUAGAAGAGAACAAAUCUCAGCAGAGCCCAGACAGAAACUACGCAUCUUCUACCAGUUCCAGUACAACAACAACACUCAGCAGCAGACGGAGGCCAGAGACGACCUCCACUGUCCCUGGUGUACGCUCAACUGCAGGAAGCUCUACAGUCUGAUCAAACACCUCAAACUUUCCCACUCCCGCUUCAUCUUCAACUAUGUGCCACACCCUAAAGGUGCAAAGAUUGAAGUCUCCAUCAACGAGGGUUAUGAUGGUUCCUACGCAGGAAAUCCUCAGGACAUCCACAACCAGCCAGGCUUCGCCUUCAGCAGGAAUGGCCCCGUCAAGAGGACCGUCGUCACCAAUGUGGUCGUCUGCAGACCCAAGAGGACGAAGCCAAGUCUGUCUGAGUUUCUGGAGUCGGAGGACGGCGAUCAGGAGCAGCAGAGGUCGCACAUCAGCGGACACAAUCGCCUCUACUUCCGGAGUGACAGCUGUGUGCCUCUGCGGCCUGAGGAGAUGGAGGUCGACAGUGAGGACGAGAAUGACCCUGACUGGCUCAAAGAGAAAACCGUUAAGCAAAUUGACGAGUUCACAGACGUCAACGAGGGCGAGAAGGAGAUCAUGAAGCUGUGGAACCUGUACGCCAUGAAGCGCGGCUUCAUUGCAGAUAACCAGAUGAACAAGGCCACUCUAGUGUUCGCCAAGCAACACGGCGCCCACAUCGUCAAACACAACCUCUGUCGCAACUUCCUGCUGCACCUGGUCAGCAUGCACGACUUCAACCUGGUCAGCACACUGACCAUUGACCAGGCCAUGGCCGGACUCCGCCUCCUCCAGAGCCAGGCAACUCAGAGUGACAAAGACGAGGAGGAGGAGGAGGAAGAGGAGGACUGGGAGACAGCUGUGGAGUCCCAGCCAGAGCCGGAUCCUGAACCAGACCCAUCUGAGUAUAAACCCUGUAGUGAAGAGAAAGGCAGGGGUCGGGGGAAGCAGGAGGAAAUGGAGCAGGAGGAAGUGAAGCAGAAGGACGAGGACAAGAAGCAGGGGGACGAGGAGCAGAUGGAAGAAGACCAGUGACAGAGAGGAUGUGAUACAGAUCCAAAACAGAACAUGGAUUUGAAAAACUGAUGCUACAAACCAGAAUCAAGAAAAGGCAAUGGACAAACAAACAAACAGGUGUUAAAACACUCAAUUCACUGCAGGGUUCGUAUUUUCAUCAGAAAUGACACAAACUUUUUUUUCUCCGUUUUUACACAUUUAAACUGGAGAAACCCUUCAAAGCUCAAUAGUCAUGGAAGUGAAGAAUUCAGUCCACCAGGUAAACAAAUGAAUCUAGCUCAGCCUCGAGUCUUGAUUUGUAGCAACAGAUUUAAUACAAAUAAAGCAUGCUGGUGACUUAGAUUUUUUCUAAUUGUCAACAAAUGCCACACAAAAAAAGUGUUACUUCUCAACGCUUUCAAACUUCUCCCCUGUCUGUAGCUCUCUGUAGCUCUUAGCUCAAAUUACACUGGUUCGUCCGUAGCACAAAUCUUAAAUUUCAAACAAAGGUGUUUUUUAAAUGGGAGGAAAUUGUGCAUUUGUUUAGGACUAUCUUCAUUGAUGGAUUCAGACAAUUUGUUUUGCUCUUUUGAGUAUUUGGGGCAGCAGGUCGAUGUGUGUGAAUCAAAUACACUAGUAUUUGAUUCACACACAUGUUUGCAGGAGACAGUCAUUGUUUGUUUGGAUCAUUUAGGGAUUUGUUGACGAUAAGAAAAUGUAAGAAUAUGAUGAGCCAACAAGUUUCUUCUGUUGUUAUCAUUUCUUUUUCAAUGUUCAAAACUAAUUAUAAUUGAAAAGUGGAUGAUCCGAUGGUGAGAAGAGCCAAUCGCUGACCUUCCAGAUCAUAAACUGUAAACAAAUAUGGACAGUGCUUCUCAACUCCCUCCUGUCAAACAAAAAUGAAGCUAAGAGAUCUUAGAUACUGAUGCCACAAUCUUGUGCUGGUGACUUCAUUUUGAGCCAGAGCAGGAGUGAUCGUGGAGCCGCACAAUCAUGGGCCAGUGAUACACCCACCAAACCAAUCACCUCUUUUUCAUUUCAUCACUUGAAACCAAACUUAUCAGAAACAUGAACACUUGAACAAACGUCAGUGUGAUAAGAACUAGAUACAAUGACAGAAACCUUGUUAAAUGGGUACUUCAUUUUUUUAUCCUUGUCCCAUCUGCUAAUAUGGAUAAGGCUGGAUGUAUGUACUGUCCUGCAGCCAACCACAAGGGGGGAAAGGAGACUCUUUGGCUUCACUUUCUGGAGCUUGUCAUGUUGUCCAUCUUGAUUUAUAGUCUCACCUGCAGAACCCUGAAACAUCAACUGGAGAUGACGGGUCAUACUUUUUUCUUUUUUUUAAACGAGUAAUUUUUCAACUGGGGUUUGGUUUAUAUUCCUCGUUGCAGCACCUCCCCUCUUCACCUGUAAUGUACAUAAGACUUUGUGUAUCUAUAUGUAAUAAAUUAGCUUUUGAAUAUGGAUGUUCAGAAACCUGAACACCAUGCAGGAGUAUUUGUUAGCUUCUUAGGUUACAGACCAAAGGGGAUUAAUUUGCUACAGAUUUCCUCGUUCCUGUUUCGCAUCUCAUGUGAAAAUGAAAAACACGAUUUCUGCGAAGCAGACUCAGGCUGAAUCAUCCGACAGCAUGUCACUGCCUCAAAUGCUCUGACGGAACAAGCACCUGGUGCAAAUGCUGGUGCUGCCUUAUAGUUUUAAGUUUUACUGCUCAGUUUUGAUCGCAGUAUGAGCAUCCAGAUGUGACCAGCUGUUGAGAACUGGCACUAAUGCAGACACAUUUUCAAGUUUGAUGGUAACAGUUGAUUUUAUGUGCAACUCUCGUGUUUCAGUGCCGCUCUUUAAAAGCUUUACAUCAGUCAGACGUCGGACGGUGACUGACCCAGCGAGCAGAAACUGGUUUAAUACGUGACAGUUCUGAGUGUCGUUCUGAGCACUUUUUCUUUUAUCAAGAGUUUGCUGUUCAUUUUAAAGUACGUUUUUUUUUCCACAUGAGACCAGCAGCAUUUUGCACAGUACAAGAAGAGCCAUGUCAAGAAAACAAGACUUUUCUUUAACAAUAAUGUAAAACUAGCUGAGUCAAAAUGGUCGUUUAUUAAAAAAAGAACAAUUUUGUAAAAUUUCCUGUAACAUGGUCCAUUUCUUUCAACAUGUACAAAACACAUUUAGGCCAUUUACUGAAACUUGUACCAGAUUAUCUAACACAAUACUGACCUAACAAAGCAGAAAUAUUAGAAUACCAAAAACCACACGGAUUUGUCUUAACUUCUGUCAAAUUAAAGUUUUAUUUUGAAAAUUG